UAUAGAAAGAGCUGUAGGUGACCAUACGCUCGAUCAGGGUGGUUGUCGUGAGAAAUGUUAAGUAGUAUCCAAGUGUAAAAAAUUAGCUAGAAGUGGGGAUAUAACCUUUCUAUGUGGGGUCGAUGGUUUAGACGUAUGACAUUCCAUGACUGCCAUCUUGGAAAUCAGACACUAAAAGACAAACUUUAGAGACGGCGGGAUUCAAGAAAGAGAUUUUUAGUGUGAAAUAAACAACUAAAUAAGACAUACAAAAAAAACUCUGUGUAAACUUUUCCGAAAAUUGUUCUACAAAGAAAGAAAAAACGGCUCUUCUAAGAACAUCUGUAGACGACAGUUCUUUGUAUGUUAAGCGUUUUGAGAGAAAAACGUUAGCAACUUGAUCAGCACGACUGUGUACUCGAACGCUUUUUAAAGGUUGAGGUUAUGAGGAUGAACCUUUGUUACGAUGUUGUUAGGAGCGGCUGCCUUUGUACUCGACGCGUGCUAAACGCGUGUUUACACGAAACCUCAAGCACAAAACCACCUGGCUCAGUAAAUAAUUACUUUAAAAGACACGAGUGAUGAACCUUUUUUACGUCUUUACUAAAUGGAAAGAGAUGAGAUAAGAAGUUUUUUCUUUCAUUGUAUUCUUUUGGAGUUUCUGACAGUGUAACGCGAUUAUUUUGUUGUAGUAUACGAUUUAUAUGGCUGUAUCUUUAUGUGCUGUUAUUGAGUAUGUGACACGGAAUAUAAUACAGACAUGCAUAAGUUCGAGCCACUUACUCUAUUUACCUGGCCCCACUUAUAGAACUGUUUUAAGUCGGUACUUACACGUGAUUCCGACUCUGAGUCGGCGAUUCAAACCCAUAAUUUCAACCAAGCACGUGACCUAAAAAAAUCAUCGUUUUUCGCACGUGGUGGAUGGCGGUUUGAUAUGUUUGGAGGGACAGCUGGUUUUAUUCCGUUAGAUUAGCAUGAUUUAGUCACGUGCUUGUCAAAAUAGGAGAAGAAAAAAACAAGUCAGUCAUGAUUAAUAGAACUUAUGACCAGCUUCUGUUAAACUCGAAAACAAGAGACGAAAUUAGGGUGAAGCGGGACGAAGAAUUAGCAGUGGAUUCUGGGCUCUAUUCUACUGCAUCAACAAAUGAUUCUACGACCCUCGAGAAGCUGGGGGGAUCUCCCAUGCCAAACUGGUGGAGGGAACACAUACAGGUUGCUCCCGACUGGGCCCAGGUGUCCGAGGACCUCCCAUGGACGUGGCAGUUACAUACUUACGGCCUGGCGUGUCUCUUCCUUGUACUAGCAUGCGUGGCGUUCUUCACCAUACUCAGUCUCCGAGCCCAGCUCUCAGCAAGACCAAACCUCUCCACGCUUAAUGGCUUUCUCUGUCUCCUGGGGGCCUCACGAGCUCUGGGGCUCUUUAUUGAUCCGUACGGCUCAAAAGAGAUAAUGCCUGUGGUGAUGAUUCCUAUUUUGUGGGACCUAGCCUUUCCCUGCUUGCUCUCGGCUUUUUCCUUAUUACAAUUAGCCUUCCAGCAGAUGACCCAAGUGAAGCUAGCGCCCUCUAGGCUGAGUAACGAAACGUGCGUAUCAGUUGUGAUAACAUCACAUUUUUGUCUUGCCAUUGCUUCUGAUAUUUUGUGGACUCUACAAAAUUCCCUGAUGAUGAGUAUAUCCCUUGUACUUAAUGGAAAUGAAAAAUAUAAGAACAAGAAUCAACUUGAGAAACCAGGACCACCCAGAAAGGGACGUGAAUCAAGUCGUAUCCCAGCUGAGGUAAGGAAAAUGUGGCGUCUUGUAACAGCUGCCAGUGUCGACAAGCAUUCCAGCGCAUGCUGUACUAUAUCGUCCUUAAUGUUGAAGCACGCGGGUGAUUGUGACACCUCCAGGGCUUGCCCACGAAGUCCAAAGUCAAGAAAGAUUUCUUCAGGGAGUCCAUCUGGCAACCCUGCUGCACCUCUUGAGUCGAGUAGUCAAUGUCAGCCUUUAAUGGAUGGCCAAGUAAAAGAAUCCACAACCAACCACUACAGACAGUCGGAAAUAGAGGAAAUGGGACCCAUGUUACCGCAGCACGUAGCGAAAUCUUCGGGAUAUAUGUCAAGAAAGGGAGAUGGGAUACAACAUCUUUCACCUCGAUCCAGCAGGCAUUUUUGUCAGGAAGACUUCCAAUUUGACGCCCACAAGUUGAAACCUAGUAGACAAAGCAGAGUAGAAAAGUUGUUAAGGAAGAUGCUUCUAGCUGCAAUAUUAGGCUUAACAGUUUGUGUACUCCAGGUUUACCGUAUUGUUGGACCUCACGGCCUCUCUGCAGGACAAAGAAACGCAGCUGUUGUUCCUUGGUUCUGUUACCAGACUUUGUACAGAGUUGUAGAAUUUUCAAUGGGAGUUGUUUUGGCCAGCAUCACUAGGCAGUCCCUGUAUACCCAUUGCUGUCACAUGUACACGUCUACUGGUCGUAAACGUAGCAAUUCUAUGUUCACGUAGCCCCCGCUUCGUCCCCAAAAUACCUCAUAAUUCAUCUGGUUACCAUAGUUACGACUGUUAUUAUGGCUACAUUCAAGCAGAUUGCUGUAACGCCGAUUAUUUAAUUACAAAGGAACGUGUAUUUGCUGUUUUUACGGGUUAAAGAAGGUAAACUCGUCAUGAUUGCAGACACACACCCCCAGAAUCCCUCCUCGUAAAUGGAAAUAUUAUAAGACAAUUUUUACAGUAAAUAUGAUUUGUUUCUUGAAUCGUACCUUACCAAGAAACCAGAAAUGGUUCUUAAGGAACACGUGACUUUUGUGCCUAGUAUCUAAUAUCUCUCUUAUCUUCCAAUAUUGUACCUUACCAAGGAUUCACAAAAAUCUGUCCUAGAUUUUCCAGAAAUGUACCUAAUCAUGGUUUCACUGAAACAUUGGAAUAACGUUCUUCAGAUAAUUAAACUUUGCGUUAAAAAUAAAUAAAAGAAAAAGUAAAUUUCAAAAUCAUUCCUGUUCGAGGAUUAAAAAUAACAUCGUUAAGUGUUGUUUGUGGACAACCUGGAUAAGGGACAACGUUUUCGGUGCAUUUACAUGGACCAAGAAAAAAAAUGAAAACUGGGCCAAGAACCUAAAGAGAAACAAUCUCCUGGUUGAUGUAUAUGCCAUCCACGCUUCCACUGUCCACUAUAAUAGAACCAGUGGAGUAAAAGCGUAGUAGGAGGGUGACACACUUGCCAUCACGAAGCAUAUACCAACGUGUUGUAAAUUUCCCAUAAUUCCUUGCUUGACAGUUUAAAAAGAAAGUGAAGUAAUCUGUAAAUUUUGUGAUUUUGAAACUCGAUGAUUUUUUUUAUAGUGCGGUAUAAUUAAGUCCUUGUCAGCCAUUAUUAUUCGAUGUUCCUCUAAUGGGAUGUAAGUAAUUCAUAUAUAACGUAAUGCGUAAUUUUGUUCGUCGUAUGUAUCACAGUUCAUUGCAUUAGACGUAAUUGCGUAGAAAUGUACCCUUCCUACACCAGAUGUUAUUAUUGUUCUUUCAGCUAUCACAUAUUUUUGGGAGACACUUACCUUGAAAAGUGAUGGACCGUUACGACUAGCGCCAUCAAAUAUAACCAGCAAGUAAAAAAACAAACAGAAAAGGAUCAUAUUAGGCCUUCCCCCCCAUACAGUUAUUAAUAACUUGAUUUUUUUGGCAUAUCUUGAAUUUUGUAAAUUAUAUAUUAAGAUUAACACGAUGCUGAGAUUGGUGCAUACAUUUCAAAGCAGUUUAAUUUUUCAGAAAAUACUUUUCGUUAUCCAAUCAAAGGAAAAGUUGCUAAUGGGUUUAAAAUAUUGACUCCGCCUUAACGAACAAGUAAGAUAUCAAAGGAGAGGCCAACUGGGGGUACAUUUCAGAUGGAGUUGUUAUGUUUGGCUUAAACUAUCUCUUAAAUGUUUUACGAAGAAAUAAAACGAUUAAAAACGUUUUCUUGGAAAAUUUUGUUUGCUCCACUUCCAAAGGAAUAAAACUUCUACAAUAUGAUUAUAUUGCGUGAUGAAAAUUAUAGAUGUUUAUCAAUACCAAAGAGUUGGCUAUAAUUUCGUAAAAUACUUUAUGCAAGAAUCCUCAUGAUUUUGAGAAUUGAUAUUUAAAAUACAUAUGAUUUGUUCUUGCAUUACCUUUACUUAAUGCGUCAGGCUGCCUAUCGAAGGGUUCAAGAUUCGAGACGUGAUAACACUGAACGUCCGCAGUUUCAGUAGUGAACGCGUUAUAAAUGUGACAGUCAGUCCCAUUAUUCAGUUCAAAUAGCCAGACAAAAACUAAGUACCGGCAGGAGCAGCUGUUCUCUUUCUGGUGUUAGACAUUAAGAUCAGCUUUUUUUCUGAACUCUAGGCAUCUCUAAAAUAGCCGUUUAGCCUACGCACCUAUAUGGUGCUUUUUUUGAAAAUUUCAAUUCCUUUUAACUUAAGUUAAAACACAGCAGAUAGUUCAGUAAAAUGCACCAUUUACCGUGUUUGCGCUUUUGGAUGAGAAUAUAUGAUGCUAGCUUUUAAUUCCUUAAGAAUGUAAGCUUUUUUCAAUUGUAGUAUACGAGUAUAACAAAACAGGAAAACUUCUUGGUGGACCAAACACCUGCAUUAAAAUUUGGAAAGUAUAUUCUUAUGUGAAGUAGUUUUUUAACAGAAUACGUUUACCCAAUAAAAUAUAAGUAGGCAAUCAAUCAAAUAACAUACCACGACAGAUUAGUAUAACCCCUUGUAUUUAGGGAAACAGGAAUCAAUUAAAUAAAGUACUUUUAUAUUUUUAUACACUUUUUUAAAUAUAAUAUAUAACUUUGCAUUAUAAUUAUAUUUAUCAGGCGAUUAUCGUAAUACAUUUUUUAAAGUUAAAGACAACUCGUCGCCAACUCGUUUUGGAAUUGUAAAUUCGGUAGAGUUAAAUAAAUGCUUUAAAAAUGUAUGAAGUAAUCGAUACAAACAAGAUAUAUUACAGUCAUUUCUCACUACGUUAUAACCAAAAUAUAAGUUUAAAAAUAAGUCAUUUUUUUUAAUUUAUACUUACACAUUCACCGUACGUAUAGCGGAAUUAUGUUCAAACAGAGUCCAGAAAUGUUUGUUUCACAAAGUAGGGUUAGAAAAUGUUUAAGUAAUAAGGAUAUGGUUGAUAGCACGAUAUUUCUCCCUAUUGUUUGAGCAUGUAAUUACAGGAUAUUUGUAUGUUUAAUUAUUUUAAAUGUUUUGUUAGCUUCCGUAAUAAGUUAAGACUAUGAAAACAUGUCAUUAGGCUUAACACUUGCUACACGAGUCUGUUGUAAUGAAGUUUUUAGAGCAAGCGAAUAUCACAGAUCGUGCACCUGUAAAAAUAUUUGUGCAGCUGGAAAUUCACCUACAUAAGUAAGUUCGAGUGGAUAAGUUUAAAGAAAAACAUAUUUUAAGAUUAUAAAAUUCCAUUCCAGAGUUGAUAAAUAAAUGUAUUA